UGUUUGUGAACUUGCUGGCUUCCGCCUAGCACUUCUUACCUUUUCUGGAAGGCCUAAGAAGUUCAGGAAGAGAGUGGGUGGGCCUCGAUUGAGGCAGAUGCUUCCAUGGCUCUCCAGGAAAUGCACAGGUGGAGUAUGAAGUGGGACUUGUGUCUAACUGGCCUGAUCCUGACCAUCAUUCUUCUCCAGGGCUCUGUGGUCCAGGCAGAUGAAGAAGACAAAUCCUUAUCUGUAACUGUGGUGGAAUCUGAAGACAAGAUCUUUCUGAAGUGCAAUGGCACAGAAUUCUACUGGGAGACCUUCAACAAUUUAACACAAAUUUAUUCAAGCAAUAAAAGUAUAGACUUAGGGAAAAAAAUCCAGGAUCCCCGAGGAAUAUAUAGGUGUUUCAACAGCAAGAAUCAGUCACCUUACCUGCAUGUUUAUUAUCGAAUGUGCCAGAACUGUGUGGAACUGAACUCAGGCUCUCUGAUGGGCAUUCUUAUUGCUGACAUUAUUGCCACAGUUUUCCUGGCUAUUGGAAUCUACUGCUUUGCAGGGCAGGAGAUGGGUUAUCUUCCAGCAGCUUUUGACAAGCAGAUUGUGAUGCAGAAUGAUGCACUCUACCAGCCACUCAGAGAUCGAGAUGACAAUUCGUAUAGCCACAUUGGAGGCAAACGACCUAGGAACAAGUGAGCACUGGAACUAAUGACUUGGAAUAGCACCCAAGCUACACGCUAACAACUGCCUGCCCUAAUUAUCUAGACAAUA